ACAUGUAAUUUGUAAAUGCGAAAAGAUGUGUGGUUAAAAAUCAUUGUAAUUUUCGCAAACAUAUUUUAUGCUGUAUUUAUGCCUUUAAUGUUAUUUUAUACUAAGUGCUAAUGUUAAUCAAAUCUUCAAUUAGUUAUAAAUGUAAAAGUGAAGUGAAACAUUUAUACAAUACGCCAUCAUGCAGUUUUCCGGAAAGGAUGCCGCAAACUCUGCAUACCCUACGCAGUGGGCAUUAAAUCCCACUGCGUAUCAAAAUGUAGAUUCGAGUCAAGUGGACUGGGCCGCUUUAGCACAGCAAUGGAUAGCUAUGAAGGAGGCUGUGGCCAUUGUAGCCCCACCGACUCAGAAGCCCGAGGAAGAGGGUGAAGCUCCCAUGGAGGUCGAAAACCCGGAGACCAGCUGUGAAUCGCCGAACGCAAGCAACUCUGAGUGGAAUGCAUCUUCAAACUCAUGGGGAGGAUCAUGGAACCAAUGGGGCUGGGGUUGGCCAAACUCUGGUUCAUCAGAUGCCAAAAUGACUGGAGACCCAUCAAUGAACAUGGCACCAAUGAUGGACGGAUUCUCAUCAGACAGCACUGCACCUAUGCCUGGAUACAAUACAGGUUCAACACCAGCCCCUACAUUCCAGCAUGGGUACUGGACAGCACCCCAAGCUGAGCAGAGCAAUAGGAGCAGUAGCAGUCGAGACAGACGCUCCAAGAGCAAGAAUAGAGAAAACAAAUCCAGUAGAAAUAGAACACCAAGGGAAAAGCCAAUAAUGUUACCUCCAGUGAUAGAACCAGUGGUACUGCCAACACCUGUGCCAAUGCCUACAAUCGAUGCAGCUAAACGUCGACAACUGCCAGCAUGGAUAAGAGAAGGUCUAGAAAAAAUGGAACGCGAGAAGCAAAAAGCGAUAGAACGUGAAGAGGAAUUGAGAGCGCGGGAAAUAGCAGAGAUAGAGAAGAAAAGACUGGAGGAAGAGGAGCUGGCGAGGAUCAAGGCAGAAGCCGGCGACGAACCUGUUAUACCAGUGAAGAGCAAAUUUGAGUCGGAGUCGGAAGGCGAGGAGUUGGAAGGCAGUCAGGAGGAGGAACCAGCGCCGCCCUUGCCAGCCGAAACGGAGGAGCCCGCGGAUGAACCCGACCAAUCUCCCCUCGUCAAGAAGAGCAAAGAAGAGAUCAUGCAGGAAGUGAUGUUAGCCGUCCGUCGGUCGCUAACUGAGAUCCUGCUGGAAGUGACGGACGGCGAGGUCCUAGCGGUGAGCCAGGAGGAACUGACGCGGUAUAUCGCCGCCCAAGCUUCGCGACUCAACGCUAUGAAGGCGAGCAAGUCCAAGGCUCUCGCGUCCAUCGCCAGUGGGCUCGGGCUCGGCGCAUACGAGAGCAGCGAAGACAGCGAUGACGAGCCUAAUGACGUCAGUGACCAACAGCUACAGGAAAUCAUAAGGCGCAAGAAACAAGAAUUCGAGCGGACGUCGCGUGACAUAGAAGCAGAGGUCCGUCGCGCCGAGCUACGGGAGAGCGGCGAGGAUCCGGCUACGCCAGUCAAUACCACGCCGGAAAAACCAAGGCAAACUCGAUCGUCAACAACACCGCCUCCGAUUGAAGGUGAUACGCCGGAGAAAAAACCUGAACGUCGCCCUUCAAAAGAUAAAAGGAACAAUCAUAAAGGCACUGAUAAAGUAGACGGUUCUAAAAAAUUAGAAAUGAUUACAGAAGAGAAAACGAAAAGAAACAACAAAUACGAUAAAACUCCAAGCCCACAAAAACCUAGCAAGUCAAGCAAAGGCAGUUCCAACACGAGCUCCAGUGAUUCCGAAGAUGAUUCUUUGUCUAGUUCCAGUAAAUCAACAUCGGAAAGUAUUCACGAAGUCAAAGUUGAAAAUAGUCGCCCCAAGAAACGUAAACGUAGCUCUAGUUCUAACGAAUCCCAAAAGAAAUUAAAAAAGAAUAGAAAAGAAAAGACACAUAAAUCAAGUGAAAAAAGCUACUCGAAGUCAAAACAUCACGACGAACACGAGAAGUCGGAAAAAUCGAAAUCGAGGAAAAGGGACGAUUACUAUGACAAGCAUAAAUCUAAAAGUAGGGAUUAUGACAGGUCGCACAAAGACAAGUUUAGGGACGAAUCAGACGACGAAAAACCGAGGAAACGUUCCAAAAGAUCUCGUUCGAUUAGUUACGAAUCGCGAUCGGGACGACGAAGAAGUAGAGAUCGAUCCGAAGAAAGAUCUCGUAGGCGGGAUAAGAGAUCUUACGAUAGGGAUAGUCACAAGAGGGAUAGGUCUUACGAUAGGUCUCGAGACUACGACAAGUAUGAUAGGUAUGAACGCUCUAGGGACGACCGCCACGACAGCUAUUCCCGCCACCGCAGAUGAACACCAGGUUACCAAUUGCACAGGUGGUAUUUUUACUUCCAUUUCAAUCAGUUUUGUCUCUAGUGGCAAAAAAUUCAUCUACUCUUGCCAAUUUUAUGAUUUGUCUUCCAAGUUAAUGUCAAUGUAACAUUCAAGUUUAUUGAGGAGGUAAAUUGAUGGGCGUAUAAAUUAAUAAAUUCCAAAAGAACCUACUAAAAUAAAUAAAAAAAAAAUUGCUAUGCUAAAAUAAUAUCAAAUAUCAAAGGACUGUGAUAAAUUAGUAUUCUUUAUUCUUGCAGGUUCUGGUGGCUGUAGAGAUUGCUUCAAAUGUAAAUAGUGUUUUAUGCAUAUUUUAUUUGCAUUUAGUGUGUAAUAAUUCUAAUAAAAUUAUUACUCUGAA